CAUUCAUCAAUUUGUUUUCCUUUCUUGGUUCUGCAUACGAAAUUUUGGAGAAAUGGGAGUGAUGAAACUAGAAGAGUUUGUGUAUCCUGCAGAGUGGGUGCAACAUAGUCAGUCUUGGAUAGGCUGGCCAGAGAGACCUGAUAACUGGAGAAAGGACGGAAAACCUGCCCAAGAAGCUUUUGUUAAGCUCAUUGAAACGUUAUCGAAAUAUGAAAAAAUAACUGUGGCUGCUUCUAUAAGUUCUUGGAAACAGUGUCGAAAUUUAUUGCCGAGUAAUGUAAGAAUAGUGGAAAUACAAACCAACGAUUGUUGGUUGAGAGACACAGGUCCAAUAUUUCUUACUCGGAAAGUUCCGUGUGAAGGUUCUACAAAUAUUUGUGGCGUUGAUUUCGCUUUCAACGCUUGGGGAGGAUCCUUAGAGGGCUGCUAUCCAGAUUGGGAGUACGAUUCUCUUGUUACUUCGAAGAUCCUAGAAAUCGAACGCAUCCCGAGGGUAGAAGCAUCUCUGGUGUUGGAAGGGGGAGCAGUGGUGACCGAUGGAGAAGGCACCAUUAUAACGACAGAGGAAUGUUUACUGAACAGAAAUCGCAAUCCUGGUAUGACAAAGAAAGAAGUAGAAGCCAAAUUGAAAGAAUAUCUUCACGUAGAAAAGGUCAUUUGGCUUCCAUUUGGAGUGUAUGGAGACAUUGAUACAGAUGGACAUGUAGAUAAUCUUUGUAUGUUUGCCAAAGCAGGACAUGUUGUUUUACAUUGGACAGAAGACCGUCAAGACCCACAAUAUAAGAGAUCUGCAACAGCUCUGGAAAUUUUAGAAAACUCAACAGAUGCUCGAGGCAAAAAAUUCCAAAUCCAUAAGGUUUUAGGGCCUGCUCCGCAAUAUCGUACCGAGGAAGAAAUAAAAGAACUUCAGUUCACAAACUUCAGGAUGGCUUUGUCCAGAAACACUGGACAACGGUUACCUGCAUCCUAUGUCAAUGCAUACAUUGGCAAUGGCGUGGUGAUUCUGCCUUCCUAUGAUGACCCAAAUGACAAGCUGGCGUUAGAUUUGUUUCAAGAGUUGUUUCCCGAACGAUCAGUUGUUCAAGUUCCUGCAAGAGAGAUCUUACUAGGUGGUGGAGGUAUUCAUUGUGUUGUGUUAGAACAGCCAUCGGUAAACUUUCAGCUGCCAACCCAUAAGAAAUGAUAAUAAAGAUAUGAAUAGUAGU